CCAGUGCAGAGCUCUCUGUCACACAGCUGGCCCUGCUCCCUUUCUAAGAUGUUGUUUUGGCACAACCAACCGGAGCACCUGUGGCCCAGUCCUGGGGAACUGUACCCCGGACCUCCAAGCAGCCUGCUCAGGGAGUCCCUGCCCUUGCCCUACCUGAAGCAGGAAGAGCUGCCCAACGUCCCCGGCCCGGAGCCUCCCUGCCCCGCGUUCCAGUAUGUGCUCUGUGCAGCCACCUCGCCGGCAGUGAAGCAAGGAGAGGAGACCCUCACCUACCUGAACCAGGGCCAGUCCUAUGAGGUGCAGAUGCUCUGGAACCCCAAGCUGGGUGAUGCCACCCAGUGCCCCCGGCUGCUGAAGAGCGUGGCGCGUGUGGUGUUCCAUGACCGGCGCCUGCAGUACACGGAGCAGCAACAGCUGGAUGGGUGGAGGUGGAGCCGGCCUGGGGACCGCAUCCUGGACAUCGAUGUGCCCCUGUCCGUGGGGGUGAUAGAACCCCAAGUCCUGCCCUCACAACUCAACACGGUGGAGUUUCAUUGGGACCCGACCAAGAGGACCUCCAUCUUCCUACAGGUUCACUGUAUCAGUACUGAGUUCACUCCGCGGAAAAAGGGCGGCGAGAAAGGAGUCUCCUUCCGCCUCCGGAUCGACACCUUCAAGCCCAGUGACAAGGAGCUUGCGCCCGAGCACCUGCAUUCGGCUGGCUGCCUCAUCAAGGUGUUCAAGCCCAAAGGAGCUGACCGGAAACUGAAAACUGACCGGGAGAAGAUUGAGAAACAGCCUCUGCAUGAGAGAGACAAGUAUCAGGUCGCCCGUGAGAGCACAGUCUUCGUGGAGUGUCCACCGUGGCCAGAGCCCAGUGCAGCGCCCCACUCACCUCUCAGCCCUCGCGCUCUGACCUCCCCCUACUCCUGCAAGCUCCUGUCGCCUGAGAGGCUCUGCUCCUCACCACCAUUCGCCUUGGACAGCUUGGUGGGCAGCCUAGCUGAAGAUCUGAACCCUGGAGCCUCCAUCCUAGAGACGCAGCAGUGGUUGCAUCGGCAUCGGUUCUCCGCCUACUGCCGGAUGCUGGCCAAUUUCACUGGCACGGAUCUGCUGAAGCUUACCCGCCAGGACCUUAUCCAGAUCUGCGGGGCUGCCGACGGGAUCCGCCUUUUCAAUACUCUUAGAGCCAGGCCCAUCCGUCAUCGGCUGACUUUAUAUGUGGCUCAAGAGGCUUCUAGGCAAGAGAACGAGGUUGCUGAGAACCCCGACUCAGGCUUUUAUCAAGAGAUCUCUCUGAAUGAACUUAGUGCUGUGGAGCUGAUGGGGAAACUGGCAGAGCUCUUGGCUCUCCCAGCCAAUCAGAUCCACCGCCUCUUCCACCAGGGCCCUGGGGGCAUCCUCAUUCUCCUCAAUGACCAGGUGGUUCAGAAUCUUAAGGAUGAAUCAUACUUCGUGGCUGUAGUGAAGAAAGAUGCCUGCUGUGCUACAGGCCACAGGGAGGCUUCCUAAAGAGGUGGAUUCCAGUGCAGAAUCCAGAUGGCUACUACCUGGUUCUGACCUAGGCCCAGGGGCACCCUGCUGCAAGAGGAGGCGACGGAUGCCAGCCUGGUUCUCUGGAGCUGUUGACCAGAAGCCUUGUUAAAAUCCUCAGCUGCUUCAGCGGGCUCCAGGUGAAGAGCCAAACCAUCAUGUGUCCUACCCCUGGGGAGGAGGCAAGCAGCCCCAGGCUCAUAUUUCUUUCUGCUCAGCAGCAACAGCUGUUGGAACCCAGGACACAGCCUCCCAAGCUGAGCUGAGCUGGCCAAGUGAGGCAAAAAGCCUGGCAAUAUGGAUAAGGAGCUUCUGCCCCAAACAGUGCUGCUCAACACUGAGUGCAU